AUGGCGUACCAAGUUCCACAGUUCGACGACGCCAAGGACAACUGUUCGUCGUACUACAUCAGAGUCGAGUCGUACUUCGAAGGUAACGACAUCGUCGACGACGCUAAAAAAAGGGCGCUUCUCAUCUCGGCACUGGGCUCGAAGCCAAUCGACGUACUGAGUGGGCGUUGUGCCCAGUGGGACGUGAGCGAGUUAACCUACGCGGAAGCGGUUACCAUUCUCGAAGAAUUUUACGCAUCCCCGCCAAAUGAGAUAGCCACAAGCUUCAAGUUCUUUACCCGCAUUCAAAGGGAAGAGGAAUCAGCUCAACAGUUUAUCGUGGAGCUUCGACGCCUGGCUGAUAAAAGCAACUUCUGGACUAUGCUGAACCGCCUCCUGCGAGACAGGAUCGUGUGCGGAAUUCGUAGCAGUGAGGUGCAGAGGGCACUGCUUUCUCACCCGAAACUGACAUUGCAGGAGGCAGAAAACAUCGUGCUUGCAGCAGAGGCUGCAGGACAUGGUGUUCAGCUUAUGAAACAGACGGAACCGAAAGAAGAACCUGAGCUUCACAGACUAGCGGGCAAUCGACGGCAGUGA